UCUGAUUGAAUGUGGAUUGACAUGACAUGACAUUAACAUGGAAGUGGAUUGUUUUGUGAAGUCUGAAAAUCUUUUAUUUACGUGGUUUUCGUAUACACAAUGAGUAAAUCAGAACCUGGCUUUUGCCGACUAUGCGCCGACUUGAAAGCUCACUCCAAAUUGGUAAACUUGAGCAUAGAAGACGAAAAACGACGUGAUGUAUUAGACCAACUAGCUAAAGUCAACAUUGCUAUGGAUCUAACUGAGGAAUUACUGCCCAAAACAGUUUGUUUUGUUUGUAUCAAUGCUUUACAGAAGGCUUACGAUUUCGUUUCUGGCGUAGAGCAGGCCCAAACUGUAUUACACGACAUAGUUUUAGUUCAACACAUCAAAAAAGAGGCGUCUGUUUCAGACAAUGACAAUUUUGAUUAUGACGCCCCUGACGAUAUGAAAUACGAUGACACGACUAUCAAAUCUGAACCUGAGAAGAGCCAGAUAGAUUUAAAACAAGAAUCUUCAGAUAACACCGAUUAUAUAGGCAAAUGUUCGAAGAAACGACAGAGGAAGACAGACAAAAGCAGUAAACGUACUAGCCUGGAUAGUUUGCCUUUAGCACAGCUAAGAUUGACGUGGGAAGACUACAGCUGGACAUGUUCCUACUGUGGUACACAGUUCCAGACUAUUGAAGAGUUAAAACUACAUUCGGUACAAUACCAUAAUAGUUGCAAUGCAUAUCGUUGUACAGAUUGUAAUAUUAGAAAAUUAAGAUUAGACAGCUUCUUAGUACAUGUACAGAGACACAGGAAAUUCCUGAAAUUGUCUUGUUAUAAAUGCUUCGCAAAGUUUCCGUCACCGCAUCAGGUUAAUUUGCAUAAAACAAUGCACAUUUCAUCCGAAUUUUGGUGUAAAGGUUGUAAUGGUAUAUUUGAGAGUUCCGAAGAAAUGGAAGAACAUAUGAACACAUUUUACAAAGAUCACAAAACUAGAGGAGUUCCAUCCUUGCCACUUGAUGACAACCUGACAUGUAUAUUAUGUAAAAAGACAUUUAAACAUAAAGGUAGCUUAAAUACACACUUGUUGAUUCAUACUGAAAGAAAACGGGACCAUACCUGUGAGAAAUGCGGAAAAUGCUUCCUCAAUAAGCAGAAUUUAGCAGGCCAUAUGAUUUUACACGAAGACACAAGACCUCAUCAGUGUGAGAUUUGCAAAGCAAGCUUUAAAACUGCAAGUCAGUUACGUAAUCAUGUUGGAGUACAUGACAGUCACAAACCGUUUGCUUGCGAUCAAUGCGGGCGUUGUUUUCGGCUACAAAAGCAGCUAUCAUCACAUCAGAUCAUUCAUACAGAUUUGCUACCUUAUGUGUGCUCUUAUUGCAAUAAAGGAUUCCGUUUCAAGACCAUUUUGAACCAACACAUUCGUCAACACACAGGUGUCAAACCGUACUCAUGCGAGUUAUGUCAACGUGACUUUACCAAUUGGCCUAAUUAUAAUAAACAUAUGAAGAGACGCCACGGAAUGGAUAUGGCUAAGAAAAAGCAUACUCCAGAAGGUGUAUAUCCUAUAAAUCCGAGUACAGGAGAGAUAAUAGUUUAUCCAGAGACAAAUAGUACAUUGGAAUGGAAGAAAAAAAUGAUGAUGCAAAGAAGACCCGGGCGACCGAAAGUAAAGGCAGAUGAAACAAGUAUUACUGAACCUGAAGAUAUGGAGAAACAAGAAGAUGUCAAAGAACAAAUUGCUAGUUGAUUGAUUUAUUUAAUAAGAUAAUGUCAAAGUUUAAUAAGAUAAUGAAAAGUCUUUUUGGCUAUGAGCAGAUAUUUUAUGUUGUGUGACUAUAUCACCAAUGAAAAUUUAAAGAUUAUUACUCUAUACUAGCUAAACUGCUUUCAAGAACUUUGCUCUUAUACUGGGAUAAAAAAUUCCAGGUUUUAUUUUACCCUAAUUUAAAAUAUUAUAUCAUACAAGAUUUCAUAGAAGCAUAUAA